CCAACACCGUCGUCAGUUUAAAGUGAUCUCUCGAAACGAAAAGGUCGCGAUUCUAUAGACAGACUUCUGGCAUUUGUAACUGGCACAUUUCUACAAACACCACUGAACCUAUUUAGAAAAUUACAAUGGAAAUAUUUAUAUUAUUAUUUAAUGUAAUGUUCAUUAUGGCUUCUGUUUGCGCCGAAUUUAAUGAUCUCUUGUCGAAUUAUACAAUACCGAAGCAUUAUAGAAUUUGGUUGGAUAUAGACGUUGAAAAGAAUAUCUUCUAUGGAAAAUCUAAUGUCAACAUCACCAUUUAUCAACAAACGAGUGCGAUAUAUUUGCACUCGAUAUAUUUGAAAAUUAAAAAUACAACAAUUGAAAAUAUUGAUAUGGGUGAAAGGACCAAGCAUAUCGCAGAUACAUAUUUUUCCAUUGAAAAAAGAGAAGUUACGUGUAUUAAUUUUAACUAUGAUCUAUCACCUGGUAAUUAUACUUUAAACAUGGAAUUUAUGGGCAGCAUAUCUAAUAUGAGUGACUUCAAAGCUGGUUUCUUCAAGACUCCGUUUAUAAACGAAAAAGGAGAUAGAGAAUGGUUUGUCGCAUCACGUAACUGGGCUACUGGAAUACGACGAACAUUUCCAUGUUGGGACGAGCCAGGAAUAAAAGCUAUAUUUAAAAUUAUCGUACAGCACCACAGAAAGUACACGGUUUUAUCGAAUACGCAUUAUAAAAAGAGAGUCCGUGUUAAUAAUGACAUUGUAGAAACACACUUUGAAGAAACUCCUGCAAUGUCCGCUUAUCUUAUAGCUGUAGUGUUGUGCAAUUUGCCUGAAACAAUUGUCAUUGGAAAUGUAAACUUGAGAGGCAAACAGCAAAUUGAACAUAAUUUAAUGUUUACAAGUCGCGUUAUAACAAACGUUACGAAUCAAUUGAAUAUUUAUCCAAUGCAACAACAUUUCGCGGUUCCAGGCUUGAUAGAUGAUGGCAUGGCAAAGUGGGGACUUAUACUUUACAGAGACGAAGAUAUUAUUUAUGAUGAAGAGAAAGAUAAUAUUGCUCGCAAAAUAAAAAUAACGUGUUUAAUCGGACGCAAAAUAACACGACAAUGGUUGAGUUCUAUUACAAGUCCAUCGUGGUGGUCCCACUUCUGGUUAAAUGAGGGUAUUGCUACGGUUCUUUUUGCAUCAAAAGUCAUUGAUAAGAUUAUUCCAAAUUCUCGCAUGUCGGAUUUGUUUGUUGUCCAAAUUCUGCAAGAAUCCCUCUAUUUGGACGGCCAAGGAAUUAUGAAACCUCUUACAUCGUGGGAACAAAAAGGCAACAUGAUCUCUGAUAUUAAUUCAAUUUUUUCUUUCUCCUAUUAUAUCAAAGCACCUGCUAUAUUGCGCAUGUUGCAACAUAUAGUUACAGAUCAAGUGUUUCAGAUCGGUAUCGAUAUAUAUUUAAAAAAACAAUCAGCUACGCCGGAUGAUUUCUGGGCUGCCAUGCAAAUUGCUUAUAAUAAAUCGUCAACAGUCAUAUCACCAAAAAUUAACAUAAAAGAGAUAAUAUAUCCUUGGAUAAGCCAAAAUUAUUAUCCUAUACUAAAUGUAACAUGUAAUUAUAAGAAUGAAAGUAAUUCUAUCAUAAAGAUGAAAAAUGCAUCAGAGACGUGGUGGAUACCUUUGACAUAUACUACGCAAUCGUUCUUCAAUUUUAAAACUUUACCUGACGUAGUUACUUUUGAAGAUAAGCUCCCUAUACCUAUACUUUUUAAAAAUGAAUGGAUAAUAUAUAAUUUGCAACAAACUGGAUAUUAUCGUGUCAACUACGAUACUAAGAAUUGGCUAAAAAUUGCACGUUACCUCAAUUCUAAAAAUUAUAAAAAAAUUCAUGUUCUUAAUCGUGCUCAAAUCAUCGACGAUGCGUUUUAUUUUACCAUGACGAGCCAGCUCAAUGCCUCUAUAUUUUGGGAACUUACAAAACAUCUACGACAAGAAACAGAAUAUGUAGCAUGGUAUCCUAUGAUCAAAGUUCUUGAACGCAUAUCUUACAUCUUCCAUUUUCCAGAUGAAAGUGAAUAUUUCAAGACGAUCAUACUCGAACAAUUGGAACCGUUUCUUCAAACAAUAGGAUACAACGAGAAUUGGAACGACAGUUAUUCUAUAAAAUGUUUAAGACAAGAAGCUGUAAAAUGGGCAUGCGUUCUCAAUGAUUCUAGCUGCAAGACUAUGGCCUUAAAUAAACUGCAACAACACUUAACAAAUCCUGUACGUCAUAAACUCUUGCCGGGGUGGAAGAAAUGGACAUAUUGUAAUGGUUUAUUGAUAGCUAAUAAAACUGUUUUAAUGAGUGUAUAUUAUAUAUAUGCAAAAGAAAUUCGAUCUAAAAAAGAUACAAAAAUAAGUUUAGAGUUUCUGACUUGUUCUAAACAUUUUUACAUGAAUUCCAUCAUCAUGUUUGAAGAUAUAAGAGAAGAAACUAUCAACAAUAUUAACUUUUUUCAUUACAAUGUUGCGAAACAUGCAAAAGAUAAUUCAGUACUUGAUUAUAUAUUAGAAAAUUGGGAGAAAGUAAAACCAAAGGAAAUUAAAAUGACUACAGCAUUAAUUGAUAUUAUAAACCACGUGUAUUCUAAGGAACAACUUGAUAAGAUAAUGGAAUUUGUGAAAAAUCUAAAGCUUGAAUCGCUGUUUAUAGAUUAUUCUAUUCUCGAGUCCAUUGACUCAAUAUUAUUUAGCAAGAUUAAGGAAUGUAUUAGAAACAACGUAAUUAACCUAAUUUUGGAUAUUCACAACAAGAUUGAUGUACGUUUGUCUCAAAUCGAGAAUCAGAAAAACACUUUUCUUUCCGUGUUUGGAAUCAGUUCAGCCAGCCAAAAAAUGGAAGACUGCAAUGCUUGAUAUCAUAUUGUAUUCAACAACAUUUAGGGUGCAUUCCGUUUCAUGCUUGAUGCGCAUAAUGCAUCAUUUAUUCUUGUUUAAUAAU